CUGUGACCUGAAGCUUCAGCUCCUAAGAUGGCAGACAAGCUUCCCACAGAGUUUGAUGUGAUUAUAGUAGGGACAGGUUUGCCCGAGUCCAUCCUGGCAGCUGCAUGUUCGAGAAGCGGACAGAGAGUUCUGCAUGUUGACUCAAGAAGUUACUACGGAGGGAACUGGGCGAGUUUCAGCUUUACAGGUUUGCUGUCCUGGCUGAAGGACUGUCAACAGAGCCAUGACAGCGAGGAAGACACGACUGCCUCGUGGCAAGACCUGAUCCAUGACACCGAAGAAGCCGUCGCCCUUUGCAGGAAGGAUGGAACCAUUCAGCACACAGAAGUCUUCUGUUAUGUCAGCCAGGAUGUUGGGGACAGCACUCAAAAGACCGAUGCUCUGCAGAGAAGUCCUUCCUCAGAGGCAUCUGCUACCCUGGCUGACUCUCUGGAUUCUCCAGGAUUGCCCAAAGAAAGGCAGUCGGCAUACUUUUCAAGCCACGAAGCGCCUUCUGAACAACCAGAGAGAAGUGAUAGAGAGCCUUCAUCAUCCCCAGCUGCUGCAGAGAACUCACUGGAGAAAGAAAAGGACCAUGAAGACGAAACUGGUACCCAGACGGUUUCAGAUAAAGGUGAAGACACACUUGAUGUAGAAGACAACACUGAGCAACCAAAGAGAAGCAGGAUUACAUACCCCCAAAUGAUUAAGGAGAGCCGGAGAUUUAAUAUUGACUUGGUAUCGAAGCUGCUGUAUUCUCAAGGAUCAUUGAUUGAUCUUCUAAUCAAAUCAAAUGUUAGUCGUUAUGCAGAAUUUAAGAACGUCACUAGGAUCCUUGCAUUUCGGGAAGGGAAAGUGGAGCAGGUGCCUUGCUCCAGAGCAGAUGUCUUCAAUAGUAAAGGGCUUACUAUGGUUGAAAAGAGGAUGCUAAUGAAAUUCCUCACAUUCUGUCUGGACUAUGAACAACAUUCUGACGAAUACCAAGAUUUCAAACAAUCUUCAUUUUCUGAGUACCUAAAAACUAAACAGUUAACGCCCAGCCUCCAGCAUUUCAUACUGCACUCAAUUGCAAUGACAUCAGAGUCAUCCUGCACUACAUUAGAUGGCCUUAAAGCAACCAAAACCUUCCUUCAGUGUCUUGGACGGUUUGGCAACACUCCCUUUAUAUUCCCUUUAUAUGGCCAAGGAGAAAUUCCCCAGUGUUUCUGCAGGAUGUGUGCCGUGUUUGGUGGAAUCUAUUGUCUUCGCCAUAAAGUCCAAUGCCUUGUAGUUGAUAAAGACUCCGGAAGAUGUAAAGGAAUCAUAGACCACUUUGGUCAGAGAAUAAGUGCCAGUUAUUUCAUUGUGGAAGACAGUUACCUUUCUAAGGAAGCGUGUUCAAAUGUGCAGUAUCAGCAUAUCUCGAGGGCCGUGCUCAUCACAGACCGGUCCAUCCUGGAGACAGAUUCAGACCAGCAGGUUUCCAUUCUGACAGUGCCUCCGCUUGAGCCAGGAAACAGUUCCGUUCGGGUCAUGGAGUUAUGCCCGUCAACCAUGACGUGCAUGAAGGACAGCUAUCUGGUCCACCUGACCUGUGUCUCUUCAAAAACAGCCAGGGAAGACUUGGAACCCGUGGUGAAGCAGUUAUUCAUCCCUUUUACAGAAGCAGAAGACCAGGAAGAACUCAGAAAACCGAGACUCUUGUGGGCUCUUUAUUUUAACAUGAGAGAUUCCUCAGGGGUGAGCCGAAGCUCGUACUGUGGCUUGCCUCCCAACGUGUACAUCUGCUCUGGGCCUGAUUGUGGACUGGGGAAUGAGCAUGCCGUCAAGCAGGCAGAAGCACUGUUCCAGGAGAUCUUUCCCAGCGAAGAGUUCUGCCCCCCUCCACCAAAUCCAGAAGACAUUAUCUUUGAGGGUGAGGGUUAGCAACCAGACACUCCUGGAGUCAGUAUUACGCUUACUGCCAAGCUCGACACCCCAGAGACAACAAAAACUUGCAUAGCCCAUGCCACCUUCGAAAUUAAAGCAGGCUGGAAAUAUUUUCAUCCUGACCUCAAAAUAGCGUCAUUUGAAAGACAGCUGCCAUUUGUGAUGAGUGCUGUUGACAUGUCUUCAAUACUAAGACACCGGGUACCUAAUAGCUCUGCUAAUCCGUCAGCAACUAACUGGUUUGUGGUGACUCAGCCUUUUUGGUUCUGAACUGGCUCCAGGAAUCCAGAAUCUCUGAGUGUCGUUAGCUUUCUUUUACUUUUGGGUCCCGCAGUGACAACUUUGCUUAUCUUAAUAGGUAAUAUCGCGCUUGCUACUGUGUUCAGGUUUUAUCAUUGUCUACACAAAACUAAUGUCCAAGGACUGUUGUAGUUACUGCUGCAGCUACUACUGUUGCUACCACCUUGGACGCAUAGAGGAGCACCUAAGUCCUAACCGUGUGAGCCCUUUGUAUAUCGUGUAAACACAUAGAGCUGGUAGUAGGAGUAGCAGCUGGUACAAGUGCUCAUUUGAUAAAACACAACUGUCUGUUAGAAGCGUGGCCAUGGUCCUGUGUCUUGGGAUUGAUAUUUACAUGUGAUUUCACCUUCUUGUCCUUAAUGACUAAGGAGGCAGUGAGCCUGCCGUGCCCUGCUACUCUGCAGAAAGAGUGCCUCUUAGGAGUCGAAGAAGCUCAUAUAUAAGAGAUAGACUGCAAUCAGGGCUUGGUGGCUUAUUCAUGCAAUGCUGUCAUGUAGGAAGUUGAGGUAGGAGGACUCCUGUGAAGUCCAGUCCAGUCUGGGCUAUGGUGUUGAGUCUCAUUUCAAAACAAAACCAAACCCCCUACCUAUCCCAAAAAAGAAGUAUAUUACAGAAAAAUUAAAGGGACCGGAUUUAUUCAGAAAAUUUCUAUAGAGCUAACACUAACACUUAAGAGAACGUCUAACAAUUAACUGAGGCUAGCAUCAAUUAAUAAGUUACCCUAGGAACGGGUUCUUCAGGAUAGGUGUUGAGAAUAUUCCAGAAAGGGUUUCCCAAGGAGGAAUAGUGGUGCAUCUUAACGUGGGGUUAUAGAUGCCUAUAAAGUUAGAGGUUUCCCCAUCCAGGUUUCUCAGGGUGAAGCAUGACUCCUGGUUGGCUGUACUGCUUUAUAAACUGCGGUCACUGACAGAGAGUGUCUCUUUUACUACAGUCUGUUACCCGGCGAACGGGAGGGAUGCUCUCCCUCCAGAACCAGCUGCUGCACCCCAGCAGUGAAAGCCCUCUCCUGUGAGAAGAGGCACUACUAGUGAGUAGUGUGGUCUGAGUAUACUCUUGCUGCCCGUUAGUGAGGAAAGUGAGCCAAGACGUUUAAGUGAAUGACAGGGCGCUGAGAGGAGGAAGCUAUCCGUUGGUCUUGCUGUUGGUUUUUUAAUAUAAUAAAUCCAUAAUAUUGUGUAGAUCUUAAGGAUGAAAUCCAGCAGAACAAAUGAAAUACCUGAAAUAUCCUAAAAGUGGCAAUUAAGAGAAAAACAAGUCUAAGAUAGGUAAAAUGGAGGUGAGAGUAAUUCAAACCCACUUAUAUAGUUUGUCAGCAGCACAGUCUACUCGGAGGACAUUAAAAGAAGGGGGCAGAGUUGUAAAAGAUAAACAGACGCUAGAAAAGACAGAGCUGAAUGUAGUAGAAGUAAG